AGUCUAAAGGCUGCUUCAGAAGACAAGGAGUACAAAUUGUUUUAGAAAGUAACAAUAAGUAAUUUGUCAGACAGGAAGAUUCAAUCAGGCUAAAAAUGAUUAAGAAUGAAUUUUAUUAAGUAAGAAAACAAACAUCGCUCUUCAAGAAAAUCUUUGUCCUGUUAAUGGACAACAUAGAUACUAUACUGCGAACUGGUGGAUUUCCUUGGUGAGAGCAUCUUGUAUUUGUCACAUGGCGGUGUCCAUUAAAAUCAAGAGGAACAAGUGGAUAUUUUGUCGUGUUUAAACGGGCUCAUUGCGGAACAGACCCUCUCUGACAAGACAGCCAUUGACAUCUUUGAAUGGGAAAUGAUCGAACUCUUGCUUGUACAAGAGAGGCAUUCAUUUACAGUGGGAUGGAGCAAGAUUAGAUGAGUCACUGAAAAUCUCCUUACUUCAAUGGCUGACCGUUGGAACAGGCAGGGUUGACAGUGAUCAUUCAAUAUACUUGGAAAAAUGAUGAAUCACUACCAGAACCCCAAGUUCUAAUGGAUUCACUUGGAAAAGUGAUGGAUCACUACCAGAACCCCAUGUUCUAAUGGAUUUAAUGGCGACGGAUUGGCAUGAAUCUUGCGGACAAAGUCAUUCUUUCAAUCACAAGCAUUUUCUUACUCAUUUAUCACUCACCCCACUAUUUUUUAGGGUCAAAGACAAGAUACAGUGGGGCAAAUAAGUAUUCAGUCAACCACUAAUUGUGCAAGUUCUCCCACUUGAAAAUAUUAGAGAGGCCUGUAAUUGUCAACAUGGCUAAACCUCAACCAUGAGAGACAGAAUGUGGAGAAGCAAAAAAAAAGAAAAUCACAUUGUUUGAUUUUUAAAGAAUUUAUUUGCAAAUCAUGGUGGAAAAUAAGUUCAUCUCAAUACUUUGUUAUGUACCCCUUGUUGGCAAUAACGGAGGCCAAACGUUUUCUGUAACUCUUCACAAGCUUUUCACACACUGUUGCUGGUAUUUUGGCCCAUUCCUCCAUGCAGAUCUCUUCUAGAGCAGUGAUGUUUUGGGGCUGUCGUUGGGCAACACGGACUUUCAACUCCCUCCACAGACAUUCUAUGGGGUUGAGAUCUGGAGACUGGCUAGGCCACUCCAGGACCUUGAAAUGCUUCUUACGAAGCCACUCCUUUGUUGCCCUGGCUGUGUGUUUGGGAUCAUUGUCAUGCUAAAAGACCCAGCCACGUCUCAUCUUCAAUGCCCUUGCUGAUGGAAGGGGAUUUUCACUCAAAAUCUCUCGAUACAUGUCCCCAUUCAUUUUUUCCCUUUACACAGAUCAGUCGUCCUGGUCCCUUUGCAGAAAAACAGCCCCAAAGCAUGAUGUGUCCACCCCCAUGCUUCACAGUGGGUUUGGUGUUCUUCGGAUGCAAUUCAGUAUUCUUUCUCCACCAUACACGAGAACCUGUGUUUCUACCAAAAAGUUCUAUUUUGGUUUCAUCUGACCAUAACACAUUCUCCCAGUCCUCUUCUGGAUCAUCCAAAUGCUCUCUAGCGAACCGCAGACGGGCCUGGAUGUGUACUGGCUUCAGCAGGGGGACACGUCUGGCAGUGCAGGAUUUGAGUCCCUGGCGGCGCAUUGUGUUACUGAUAUUAGCCUUUAUUACUGUGGUCCCAGAUCUCUGUAGGUCAUUCACUAGGUCCCCCAGUGUGGUUCUGGGAAUUUUGCUCACCAUUUUUGUUAUCAUUUUGACGCCACAAGGUGAGAUCUUGCAUGGAGCCCCAUAUCGAGGGAGAUUAUCAGUGGUGUUGUAUGUCUUCAAUUUUCUAAUAAUUGCUCCCACAGUUGAUUUCUUUACACCAAGCGUUUUACCUAUUGUAGAUUCAGUCUUCCCAGCCUGGUGCAGGUCUACAAUUUUGUCUCUGGUGUCCUUCGACAGCUCUUUGGUCUUGGCCAUAGUGGAGUUUGGAGUGUGACUGACUGACUGAGAUUGUGGACAGGUGUCUUUUAUACCGAUACUGAGUUAAAAUAGGUGCCAUUAAUAAGGGUAACGAGUGGAGCCUCGUUAGACCUCGUUAGAAGCCAGACAGCCAGAAAUCUUGCUUGUUUGUAGGUGACCAAAUGCUUAUUUUCCACUCUAAUUUGGAAAUACAUUCUUUAAAAAUCAAACAAUGUGAUUUUCUGGUUUUUUUUUCCAGUCUCUCUCUCAUGGUUGAGGUUUACCCAUGUUGACAAUUAAAGGCCUCUCUAAUCUUUUCAAGUAGGAGAACUUGCACAAUUGGUGGUUGACUAAAUACUUAUUUGCCUCACUGUAGCUUGCGCGUUAUGAGACAGAACUUUCCUCAUCCAUACAAUUACCGGAAGAAUUGUCAACUCCUCCUUCAGGCAAUGGAUAUACAAAUUAUAUACCUUUUUUUUUUUUUUUUACAAGAACAACCAACAUUGAGUGAAGGGAGUCAUUUUUAAAGCCCUGCUGGUGAGGAAAUAUUUUUAUUUUUGUUUGCUGGAUACUGCAACAAGGGGGCUGAAUUGUUUUCAGUUUGGAUGGAAGUUAAAAUCCUAGAAAAUUUGUGAAUUGAUAACUGGAAGCUCAACUGUCAACAUGCAACCUUUAAAUGUUUCAAAUUAAACUUUAGAUUUGGAACACCAAAGUACAUAUGCUUUUAUGGCCAGCAUGUGGCAUUUGGCGUGUCACCGUACCAAUGGCACAGUAGUGCUGUUGUACCUCCACAGGUCUGGAUAAAAAAAAACUAAGAAAAUGAGUGAAAAUAAUGGCCAUAUUUAAUUUCAAUGGCACCUGUAUAUUUUUCAGCUACAACAUAAUUUUAAAAUGUGUUUUACUUAUGUUUUUUUACUUGAGAAACGAAACAUGUAGUAGUGAAGUAUAGUGCAGUAGUACAUCCCGUAGCAAAAAGCUCAUUUUAUCAUGUAGAACACUCAUUUUAUCGUGUAGAACAAACUCAGAUAAAAGCUUGCAAAAAUUAUGAAUUACUUCAACAGUGCAACUCCUUAGCAUUCAGAAACACUAAAAGAAAUGAAUAAAAAAAACAUUGUGGUGGUCAGUAAAAGUUACUUUUAUUGAGCAAGUGCAGGGAAAUAUAUAUAGAAUCACUCCAUUCUGAGGAAAAAAAUAUGGAAUCAUGAGAAACCAAAGAAAUCACAAUCUAAACACAUCUCUAGUAUUUAGUAGCACCACCUCUGGCUUAUAUGACAACUUGCAGUCUCUGAGGCAUGGAUUUGAGUAUUCUUCAUCAAUUUGGUGCCAACUCUCUUUGAUUGCAGUUGCCAGAUCAUCCUUGCAGGUCGGAGCCUAGCUGUGGACCAUUUUUUUCAAUUUCCACCACAGGUUCUCAAUAGGAUUGAGAUCCGGGAUAUUUGCAGGCCAUUACAUAGACUGGAUGAGUCUUUCUCCAAGGAAUGAUUUAACAGUUUUAGCCCUGUGGCAUGAAGCAGUGUCAUCUUGGAAAAUGACGAACAUAUUUUCAAUUAAAUGGAUAAGAAAGCUGUCUGAACUUUAUGUAAACUUGUGCAUUUAUUGAAGAUUUAACCACAGCCAUCACCCCAGUGCCUUUGCUGACAUGCAGACCCAUAUCAUUAAGGACUGAGGGAAUUUUGAUGUUUUCUUCUGGCAGUCAUCUUUGUAAAUCUCACUGGAACAGCACCAAACAAAAGUUCCAGCAUCAUCACCUUGUCCAAUGCAGAUUCUUGACUCUUGACUGAAUGGAGUGAUUUCACAUAUAUUUCCCUGCACUUACUCUAUAAAAGUAACAUUUACUGACCAACACAAUGUUUUUAUUCAUUUCUUUUAGUGUUUCUGAAUGCUAACGAGUUGCACUUUUGAAGUAAUUCAUUAUUUUUGCAAGCUUUUAUCUGAGUUUUUUUCUACAUGAUAAAAUGUCUAAGUGAGUGCUCGUCCGAGACUGGUGAUUCCAUACAUUUUGCUUGGGGCUGUAAAUGCGCUGGUUUUUACUCCAACAGCAAAACAAAGUGCAAUUUUUUGUUCGGGGAAAUUUCAUGUUUUUAUUGGUUAUCUCUUAUGUUCAUGUUAAUGGGUUUUAAUGAGAAAUGAGCACUUUACGUUAUCCUUUUGUAAGCUGCGUUUGAAAAAUAGAAAAGGGCGCGCUGAUCCUCAUUUGAUUUCGAUGGCUAAAGUUUCAUCCAUUGAUCUCCCAGAAGUGGCAAUAGCAACUAAAUGCAGUGUAUUUAUUAGGUACCUACAUGGGUUCAUGUCCUUCAGCAGCACGCUCAGGUCUGAAGUGUUUAAUUACAGUUGGAUGGGAAAAUAAUACACUUACAACAAAUUGUCCCAAAAUGAAAAGGCAAAAUACAAUACCAGCACGAGUUCACAAACGCCAGAAUUGAAUACAUUGCUCAAUGUAAACUAGCUUAUAGUGAACAUGACAUUAAGUUUGCAUAAAGCAUUACAUGCUUCAUGCGUUUAGACUGCAUGCAUACCUGAUUCCAAUCGGAUUCCACCUCAAAUCUGAUUUUUAGGGCAGACUGUUCACACUAUUUUUAGCUCGCGUCCAAAUCAGAUCCGGGCCUGUUCAGACUGGACCACAUUAUUGACACGCCUGACAGGUUGCUGUCACAACAAAGGGAUCAUCCAGCAUAGAGGGAGGUCACAGAUAGUCAAAUCCCAUCUGAGCCAUUUAGACAACAGCGUAAAUUUGGUCUCAACAUUGAUACGCACGAUAUAAUAGCACAACCUUUUACAUACACCGUUCGAUUCAAACCUGUUUUUCCAAGAAACACUUUGAAAACUUCCAGAAUAAAUGGAUUUUUAUUAGCAAAUUUUAAAUUGCAAUAUUUGAACAUAAAUUAUAAUAACAUAGACAAUAAAUACACAAUUGUUAAUGUCUUAACUAACCAGGAAUGCAAAAAAAUAUUUUUCUUAAGACCACUCAACAUUGUCUAAAUAAACCUACGCCCUUGUGUUCAGACCUGUCCAUGUGAUAUGAAGCUACCUACCGUAUGUGGUUUCAAUCAGUCUCGCAAAUAUCGGAUUUCUGUGUUUUGCGAUUGAACUACAAAAGAGCCAUCCAGUUUCUAUCGGAUAUUGGCUGCCUGUUUCAUCAACAUUCUGUCAUUUAUUAUUAUAUUUGGAACACAUUUAGUAUGUCAACGAGUGAAAACGUUUUCUUUUUCACUUGAAUUAGUUUCAUCAUUGGGUAAUUUAUCAUCCAGAAAAAAUUAAUAGCAUUCAGGCUAAUUUUAUUAGCUACAAAGACAAAAUUAUUCAUGCAGUUAACAGAAACAAAACAGUAUUCAUUGAGCUCCAGUAUUUUAUUUAUGUUAAUUGUUCAAAAACCUUCUCACCUUUUAGUUCAGAAGUUCUCGUUGCCUAUCCUCUUACAUGUGGUCAGCUCAGCAGCGUGCUUGUGCAGCAUUGAAUGAAUUUAUUGUUAAUAUGUGAUUUGUCUGAAAGGUGUAAAAACAAUGUAACCAACGUAUCUUAUUAGACAUCAAUAGGAAAACAAAAAAAAAACAUGAGCGUACUACAAAACAGUCACAACAGCUUUUUAUUUAUUUUAUUGUUCAUAGACUAAACUAUUUUCAUUCAGGGGAAACUACUUAGCGGCUAUGUGUACACACACACAUGCUGCCGGGCAUUUGUUGUAGGACAAUUUUAGCCCAUACACUGUAGUGAUAAGAGUCAGUUUUGAUUUAUUAUUAGUAUAAUUAUCAGAAUUGUUCACAUUUAGCAGAUAAUUGCAGAUUAAGGCCAGUUUUUGUUGGCUUGUUUCUGUUCGUUUUCUUCCACUCUUUAAAUGUGCCACAAUGGUGAGCAUAUAUUUUGUGCAUGCGACUUUUCAUUUUCCCCAAGGGCGUAGGUUUUCAUAGGGAGAGUAGGAACCUCAAACUAAAGACCUUUCAGGAUGCUCAAAUUGUCUCCACUAACUUUAAACAACCUUAUUUGCAUUAUAUAAUGACUUCAGUUAUAUAGGAAAUUUAGAUUGUCUUCCCUUAUGUUGCAUUGUUAAGUGAAUUAUUUUCAUUAUGUUCAGACUUAUAUUUACCCCUUUACCCCUUUAUUUACCCCCCUAGUGACAAAACACUACCAACUUUUUAGGAUGCUCAAAUUGUCCCCACCAAUUUUAGGCAACCUUAUUAACAUAUCAUGACUUCAGUUAAAUAGUUCAUUUAGAUUGUCUUCCCAUAUGCUUUAAUUGUUGUAAUAGACCCCACCAUAAUUAAAGUAUUUUCAUUAAUUAAAGUAUUUUCAUUAUGUUUAGACCUACAUGUACCUCUUUUCACUUGCUGAAUGUGCCGGUCCAUUUUUCCCCUCCGAAACGCACAUUUGAUCGGCUGAUGACUUGACCCCCCCCCCCCCCCCCCCACACACACACACACACACACACGCACACACACACAGAUAUUAGGGAUUUUUUUUUUCAUCCAGCAGCAGCCACUGUAAGAAAUGUAAAAAGACGUCAAUGUUGUGGAAGUGGGGAAUACACCGCUAAUUUAGCUACUGGGAGUGACCUGCAUCAGAGUUUGCAUAACAUUAAACUGUGUAAACUUGCUAACCUGCAAAACUCGAGUAGGUACGGUUGGGCAAAUAAGUAUUUAGUCAACCACCAAUUGUGGAAGUUCUCCUACUUGAAAAGAAUAGAGGGUCUGUGAUUGUCAACAUGAGUAAAGAGACAAUGUGGGAAAAAAAACAGAAAAUCACAUUGUUUAAUUUUUAAAGAAUUUAUUUCCAAAUUAGAGUGGAAAAUAAGUAUUUGGUCACCUACAAACAAGCAAGAUUUCUGGCUGUCAUAGAGGUCUUAACUUCUUCUAGCGAGGUCCAACGAGGUCUAACGAGGCUCCACUCGUUACCUGUAUUAAUGGCACCUGUUUUAACUCAUUAUCGGUAUAAAGGACACCUGUCCACAACCAAGUCAGUCACCCUCCAAACACCACUAUGGCCAAGACCAAAGAGCUGUCGAAGGCCACCGGAGGCAAAAUUGUAGACCUGCACCAGGCUUGGAAGACUGAAUCUGCAAUAGGUAAAACGCUUGGUGUAAAGAAAUCAACUGUGGGAGCAAUUAUUAGAAAAUGGAAGACAUACAAGACCACUGAUAAUCUCCCUCGAUCUGGGGCUCCAUGCAAGAUCUCACCCCGAGGCGUCAAAAUGAUAACAAGAAUGGUGAGCAAACAUCCCAGAACCACACGGGAGAACCUAGUGAAUGAUCUACAGAGAGCUGGGACUACAGUAACAAAGGCUACUAUCAGUAACACAAUGCGCCGCCAGAAGAGGACUGUUUUGGUCAGAUGAAAACCAAAAUAUAACUUUUUGGUAGAAACACAGGUUCUUGUGUUUGGAGGAGAAAGAAUACUGUAUUGCAUCCGAAGAAGACCAUACCCACUGUGAAGCAUGGGGGUGGAAACAUCAUGCUUUGGGGCUGUUUUUCUGCAAAGAGACCAGGACAACUGAUCGAGAGAUUUUGAGUGAAAAUCUCCUUCCAUGAGCAAGGGCAUAGAAGAUGACACGUGGCUGGGUCUUUCAGCAUGACAAUGAUCCCAAAUACACAGCCAGGGCAACAAAGGAGUGGCUUCGUAAGAAGCAUUUCAAGGUCUUGGAGUGGCCUAGCCAGUCUCCAGAUCUCAACCCCACAGAAAAUCUGUGGAGGGAGUUGAAAGUUCGUGUUGCCCAACCACAGCCCCAAAACAUCACUGCUCGAGAGGAGAUCUGCAUGGAGGAAUGGGCCAAAAUACCAGCAACAGUGUGUGAAAAGCUUGUGAAGAGUUACAGAAAACGUUUGGCCUCCGUUAUUGCCAACAAAGGGUACAUAACAAAGUAUUGAGAUUAACUUUUGGUAUUGACCAAAUACUUGUUUUCCACCAUGAUUUGCUAAUAAAUUCUUUAAAAAUCAAACAAUGUGAUUUUCUUUUUUUUUUUCCACAUUCUGUCUCUCAUGGUUGAGGUUUACCCGUGUUGACAAUUACAGGCCUCUCUAAUAUUUUCAAGUGGGAGAACUUGCACAAUUAGUGGUUGACUAAAUAUUUAUUUGCCCCACUGUAUAUUUUCCCUACCAAUGUUGAAACCAAACGCCCUUGGUUUUCCCAACUGCAAACAUUCUCAGCCAGUGGUUCUUAACCUGGGGUUCGGUGAGUAAGUCUUAAGGGGUUCGACGAAGAUAAAAAAAUGCAGAGCCCUAUUUUCGUACGCUGAUUAAAUCUGAGCAAAGUGGCUUUUUAGACCAGGUUUUGGACUAGGUUUGCUCCCAAUUUACAGCCUUAAUCCAUUUCUUUUAACUGCUAGUCCUCGAUCUGAUGGGAGGAGGAACUGGUUUGCUCAGUGGAAGGUUGACUCGCAGUUGCUAUGAGGGAAUAGAACAGACUAAUUGGCAGCAUGGUCUCAAAUUUUGAACUGUUUAUUAAAACAUGCUGUCAAAACUAGAAGAAUUUUGAACAGGAUUUUGCUAAAUUAGCUUGCUUGCUUAGAUAUAUUGGUUUUGAAUUUGAAAAAAAUGUGAAACUUGUGGGGUUCGGUACCUUUAGCAAGGUUAAGAACCACUGCUCUAAGCAGUGACUUUCCUGCACUUUUAAAUAAAAUAAUAAUCACAUCUGCACACCACUGCACUACCCUACUCCGAAGUUGACGAAACAACGAAUCUAGAGUGCUUACGUAAAAUGAAUCGAUUAAGCAAAGCUUACGUAGUCACGUAAAUGCCUUCGUAACCGUCUGCUUACGUAAAACCCCAAUCACCGGCCCAUUACGCGUAUUGACGGCUCCGGUAGUCAGAAAGAGCGAGAAAAAAAUCUUCAUAAGAGACCACGCAGUUUGUUUGACGGUCGCCGCAUUUCGACGGCUGACGAUAUUUUUGCGUCGUAAAAAAAAAACUGCGCACUUUUGACGGUUUCUGAUGCACGCUUUAUCUCCUGCGAAAAAAUGAUUAAUUAAAAGUAAAAUACCUAUGCAAUCACUGUUAUCAGUCAUAAUGCACUCUUGCACAUGAUAAAAUGAAGCAAAUUACACGUUAUUCUUGGAAAUAUGUGGUUGCUCGUUUGGGAAAACUUGAAUUGGUCACACAGUGAGAGUAUUUGUAAAGUACUUGCAUUGCGUUUCAUUAAAUAAUUGUGAUUAUUGCAACUGUUUAUUGUUCUGAUCCAUCUGACAUGAAAUUAGGCUGCACCUGACCCCUGAACUAGAAUAAUAUGGGAAGGUUACCAUUUUGUGACUGAAUUAUGUGGCACUGAAAAUGCAUAAUAAAUAGGUUUUGGAAAGCAAAAGCGUAUGAGUUGUCAUUUGGGGAAUGUUUUUAAGAGGUGAGUUGAGUUUUGAUUUAAAAGUCUUUAUGAGUGGCUGAUUUUAGGGCAAAAGGUUGGAAUAACCGCAAAGCCUCUAUUCCUUAUCGGGUACAACCGUAGUUUCUGAAAGGUAGAGAAUAGCAUUGAAGUAAAUCAUAAAUAGGUGAGGGGCAAGUGGGUUAAAGUUCAAUGGAAAGGGAUUGAGUGACUUUGGAGGCUUUGACAAGUGUAAGCGCCCUUAAGUUGUGUGCGUUUCCUUGAAAUGUCACAAAUACAUCAUGUUGAGAAGUAUUCAUCACUAUCAUCAGGAGUGAUGUUACAUCAUCUAUCCAUCCAUCCAUCGCCGUGUACAGACGUUAACUAGAAGACUAAAAAUGAUACUAAAAAAUAUGAUUAUAUAAAACAAUUGCAUUAGAAUUUUUUUGCAGGCAACUCUUGCAUCAAGCCAAAAACGUUUUGCUGAUUAUUAAAUGAAAAGUUGUUACUGAAUUUGAAUCAAAAAUGCAUCCGAUCAGGCCAGAGUGCCAUCCUCGGCCUAGGUUGCCCACUUUGCCUGUUGGGCCUCGUUUAUCGCAGCAAGCUACGAUGAUGCCGGGCCCCAACAUGUACAAUAUUCAACAGCAAAUUAGACCUCCGUUACACCUUAAUAGUCAUGCCGGCUUUCAUAAUCAUAGUCAGCAAAUGCCUCCUCAAUGGCCUGUGCAAAAUGUUUUAGGCCCACAUCCUCAACAAAUGAUGAGGCCGCCAUCAGCAAUGAUGAUGACACCCGGAGCUCCUCAGAUGGUACCUGUUGGAUUUAUGAAUGGAGAAAUUUUGUUCGAGCAGGUACAUCCUUUAAUGUCUGCAGCGCCUCCCCAAAACAUCUUCACAACCAUAAAUACAAGGAAGAAUGAAAACGUGAGGGAGCGGCCCUACAUAAAGAAACCACCAAAUGCUUUCAUGUUGUUUGCAAAUAAGUACAGAGAGGUUGUCACCAUGCAGUUGGAGAAGAGAGACAGCGCGUCUGUUCAUGUGGCCCUUGGAAAAAUUUGGAAGUUGCUACCACAGGCGGACAGGGACAAGUAUCAUGAAGAAGCUGAUGCGCAGAAACGACGUCAUGCUCAGCUGUAUCCUCGAUGGUCCACCUGUGAGAACUAUGGGAAGCGCAGGAAGCGGCGAAAAAGUAAAAUUCACGCCAAUGUUACAACAGAAGACACACCAGAUCCACUUCCUCAUGCCAGUAGUAUGUGCCUCUCUGCAGUCCAGAAAGAUAUUACAGUGUCUGAAGAAAUGGACUCAUCUUCAGAAGCAAUGCAUUACAACUCCCUGCCUCCUUCUGCGCUGGAUUCCGAAGAGUCCGUGGAAGCACUGAUUGAAGAAAAAUCAUUCAUGCAGAUGCCGUGUGUCCAAAAUGAACUCUCAAUUACUACUGAUGGACAGACUCAGGGAGGAGGUCUUGAGAUCGACCACGCACUGAAUCUCCUAGAUUGUAUGCUUCUUUCGCCUGCUUCUCAAAUUGAGCUGCAGAGCGUUGAAGAUGGGUUCCAGUUGUUUCUGGGGCAUAUCGAGCCUCAGGGGCUCCCAUUACAGACAGAGGCCGAUGAGUAUACCAAGCCUCUGAGUUUAGGGGAAUCACAGCAGCUAAUCAUCAAGCUUUUUGAAAGUCCUGGAAAUUUAAAGGUGGAAACGCAGCUGGACCGGGCUAUGCAGGGUCACACAGUAUCAGCAGGCCCGUCGAAGCCUCUAAAUAAACCGAUCCAGUUGCCACCUGAUCAUAACGAGACAGCAUUUCCCAUUGCCGAGAGAGGGCAUUCUAAGGAAGAGAUUCAACCUUGCCUCAUUGCACACUGCCAGACAUUGGUUGCAGGUUUGAUUGAGGAUGACGGAGUCAAUGAAGCACAACUGGAACCCUCCUCCAAUGCACUGACCGUACAUAGUCAGAAAGUAAUGCAGGUGUGCAAUCCUCCUACUGUCCAUAAUCAAACAACUGAAUCUUCCAAAUCAUUAAUCCAAGACAUAGAAAUCCCACUACCAUCAGAGGAUUUGGAGACUUCCAGCAGAAGUCAGAGUCAGAAAUUAGUGACUGUUCAGUCUGUAAGUAAGGAAAAUGUCUCUCCGAAUGUUGAGACCUUAUCCGCUUCAACAGAGUCACAAGAUAGAGACGUCCUACAGUGUCUCAGUUUUGGUGAUGAGCUACAAUUUUAGUUCAUUGGUGUACUCCUGCUGGAGCGUCCUAACAUAAUGUCAGGUUGGAAUUUCAAGGGACUUUUGAGGUCACUCUUCCAAUACUUGUAUCAAAAUACUAAACAGGGCAAUCACAAUCACUUGUUCUGCAUAUUGGUAAACUACCAGAGUAAAGCAGACAGUUGGUUAGUCCGAAGUGGUUACUACUGUUUGGAUAUUAGAAUAGAUUUUUUUUCCUGUCUUCUCAAGUUGCAAACAUUCAAAACCGGUGUAUUCUGAUUUGAGAAAGACAGAAUAUAUUGUGAUAAUACUGGUUUUAUUACAGAAUCCUUGUCUAUUUAAACAAAUGUCAAAUGGUAUUUAUAUACAGUCUAUCUUGUAUGUAUGUACUACGUUUGUGCUGCAAUGUGAGAAUGAUAAAUGAGAAUUAUCUUGACUGUGUGUUAUUAGUCUGUAUAUGAUCAAUUUUGUGUAUAUAUCUUGGUAUACUAUGUAUAUACUCAACUUUCAUUUAGCUACUUUGUAACAAUGAAGAUAUAUGUACAAGUGGAAUC